GUCAUCGUGCGCUUUAAGGCAAUCGGGAACGCCCCGAUAAUGAAGCAGAACUUCUACAAAAUUACCUCUUCAAAUCGCUUCCAAGCAGUAAUUCAGUUUCUAAGGAAGGAGCUAGGAUGGCAGGCUAGUGAACCCUUGUUCACAUACAUAAACUUGUCGUUUUCACCCGCCCCCGAUGACACAGUCGCAAAUCUCUUCAAGUCAUGUGGUACAGAUGGACAUCUCAUUGUCAACUACAGUACCACUCAGGCUUGGGGUUAA